UCUCACCAGCGAGAGAAGAGAAGUGAAACUGCCUAACGACCCUAAGGGCGACCCUAAGAAGGUCAUCAGGUCCUUCGCGAUGAAGAUGGUGGGCACAGAAGUCCUUCUGAAGAUGUUGGGAGUCCUGCUAGGAGCCUCUCUCAGCCUCGUACGGGGCCUGGCUCUCUAUAUAGAUGGUAACCAGCCUUAUCUGCCGGUGAAAACGCCGUUCGACUCCCGGAUGAGCAAUCUUCCGGAAGUGGAUAGACAGCAGAAGGAGAGGUCGAAGCGGUCAGCUGUUCUCGUAUGGCCGGAAGGUAGCUUGUUUGUAGCUGAGUUCUACUUUGAAAUCCCUAUUAAGGCUCCCUCAGGGCUCGACAUCCCCUUUACCAUUGAUGUUCCCUACGAAUUUACGCUGCCAAACAUCACUGCAAAAAGUGACUAUCUGUCUCGAAACAUCAACCAGGCCGACGAUCGUUUAGGCCUAUAUGGAAUCAUGGAAGGGAUCUUUAACAAGUUUGGAAUGGAUGGUAAGGCUUGUCUAAUGCGCGCUGUCUGUGAAGGAUCUCAAUCUAGCCUCCUAAGGGCUGGUAUGCUAGGAGAGGUUAUCACUACUAUCCUUACGGCAUCGUUGUCGACUUCUCUGGCUGAGAUGAAGGACUAUGUAGAGGCUGAAGAGUAUGGACGCUCUCACGGUGACUGUCAAGCUAUGUUCCCGACGUGUUCGAUCUCCAUCUUUAGAUUCCUAGAGUGAGGUACAGACGACACAUGAGCCAUUCAUCCUCAGAUAACAAACAUCUUCUCACAAGAUAACAUUUCAUCAAGAACUAGAUACUACGCCUCAUAACUAUUCCUUAUAGCCAUUUUCAUCUACAGAAUGUUGACUUCUUGUGAAAAUGACAGUAAUUUCUUAUCAAUUUAAACAAAUCUAGUUUG